AUGGACCUGAUCCUUCUCUGUGUACUCCUGCCUCUGGUGACUGUGGCAUGGGGCCAGUACGGUGACUAUUAUUAUGGUCCCUACAACUACGGAGAUAACGAUGAAUGGGUCAACGUAUACCGCCAGGGUUUCAACUUCCAGUGCCCCCACGGGCAGGUGAUUGUGGCCGUCAGGAGUGUUUUCAGCAAGAAGGAAGGCUCCGACAGGCUGUGGAACUACGCCUGCAUGCCGGCAGCCCAGAGCCUCGGUGAGCCGACAGAGUGCUGGUGGGAAGAGAUCAACAGGGCAGGAACCGAAUGGUAUCAAACCUGCUCAAACAAUGGGCUGGUGGCUGGUUUCCAGAGUCAGUAUUUUCCAUCUGUGCUUGACCGUGAAUGGCAAUUUUACUGCUGCCGCUAUAGCCGGAGAUGCCCAUAUUCAUGCUGGUGA